CAGGCUGCCCAAACAUGUCACAUAACCUUCCAUAUUCCGAGGGAGCUGGAACGCAGCAAAAAUGAGGGAAUUGUUUUUUUUUGUGUGUGACGAACAUUUGAACAACCUGCCCACAAUUUACAGAGUUGCUCUCAUCUUUCGGUUCGCCUGGCUCUUAUCAGGUGAAUGUUAUUGUUUUAAUAAGUAAAUUAAUACAAAAACGGACAAAUACUUGCCAGUUAACGUAAAUGUUAAGAUGACGUAGCUAGCUAGUUUGUGUUUGACAAUUAAAGACCGGUGACAAAGCCACAGCGUUCCUAGCCCAAGGGAUUCUCAUCCUGAAAAACAUUAGCUAAACGAUAAAUGACUACCUUUGUCGCUGUCGCUUGCUUUUCUCUUUCGUCCGGAGAAUUUCUUAGUAGAUUUUUUGAACAGAAAAGUGCAUGGACCCGCUUUUGGCUCUUCAGACUCCGCCAUCUUGCCUUCUCUUCGAUAUAAACAAUCGCUAUCACCACAGCGCCCUCUAGUGCCUUGGAGUCUUGGUUAGUGGCCGUCUGCUGGUCAAGCAGCAGCAGCAGCAGCAUCAUCAUCAUCAUCCGUGGCUCCCCGAAGAGGACAGCGGGUGUUUGUAGGACACAGGGCCCGCGGAGGGAGGGGUCCUGGCCUGGACACGGAUCCCGAAGAGGCCCCGGGGCCGCCGCUGGAUGGAGUCGGGCUGCAUUCACACAGCAAUGGCUAUGGGUCUGACAUCGAAAAAGCCGUCUGCUCGGAGCGUCGGUGUGGAGCGAAAGAACCUCAUCACGGUUUGCAGAUUCUCUGUAAAGACUCUCCUAGAAAAGUACACUGCAGAGCCUAUAGAUGACUCAUCUGAGGAGUUUAUUAACUUUGCCGCCAUUUUAGAGCACAUCCUCAGCCACCGCUUCAAAGGUAACACUGCAGGUUCAGGAAGCUGGUUCAGCUCAGAUGGACAGCGCAGUUUCUGGGAAUAUAUUCGGCUGGCGUGCAGCAAGGUUCAGAACAACUGCAUCGCCAGCAUCGAAAACAUAGAGAACAUCAGCACAUCACGAGCAAAGGGACGUGCAUGGAUUCGAGUGGCGCUGAUGGAGAAACGUCUGUCUGAAUAUGUGUCCACUGCUCUGAGGGACACGAGAACAACCAGGAGGUUCUAUGAUGAUGGAGCCAUUAUGCUGAGAGAGGAGGCCCAAGUCCUGACUGGCAUGCUGAUUGGACUGAGUGCCAUUGAUUUCAGUUUUUGCUUGAAGGGGGAGACUCUGGAUGGGAAAUCCUCAGCUGUGAUUGACUACACACCUUACCUGAAGUUCACUCAGAGCUACGACUACCUGAGUGAUGAGGAGGACCGUCGCAGUGUGGACAGCAGUAACAGCGAGGAAAGUGUCCCCGAGCAUCCGUACAUCCCCUUGGUGACGGACGAGGAGAGCUGGAGCAACAAGUGUCGCAAAAUGGAGCAGAGGUUUAAGAUCGUCUAUGCCCAGAAGGGUUACCUGGAGGAGCUGGUGCGUCUGCGGGAGUCACAGCUAAAGAACGUGGAAACGGAGAACAAGCGUCUGAGAGCCAAGGUGGAGGAGCUGACGGUCCAGACCAAGCAGGAGAAGAAGGAGCUGGAGGCCGUCGUGCUCGAGCUGCAAGCACAACUCUCUGCCCUCAUGCCCUGUGAUUCCUCCCAUCUGGCUAAAGAUCUCUCCAUCCCGCUAGUCAACCAGUGGUCCACCAUCACAAACAACCAGGGCGAUGUCAAGCUUUUCCGCAGGAGGAGUUUCCACAGUUUGGAGCAACUUUCUGCUGAAGUCAGUCUGAACUCCGACUCCCAGAGGACUGAUGGGAAACAGAAUGGAGAUGCUGGCUGGACUUCAGCAGGAAAAGACAACACUCCCUCCAUGCUGGGUUUGUGUGGCUCUCUGGCCUCUUUACCAAGCUCCAAGUCCCUGGCCAGCCUCAAGUCCAACGAGUGUUUGGUCAACAUCAGCGCUGAACCCAGCCCUGCGCUCACUCCCAGCUAGGAGCUCCACAACAACAACAACAACAACAACAACGACAAUGGAGAUUUAACCCCCAACCUUUCUGCCUGCCUGGUGAUGCUGCGUUGCUCAUAAACCCGACUAAAACCCUGCUCCCACAAUCCACCAAGACCAUUAACAGCUCCAUGAGAACAGGAUGAAGAUGAGAAUGAAGUCACUUCUUUCCCUUCUCCUCGCCUUAUCCGCUCAACUCCUCUCUCCCACAACCACUUUGUACUAUCUGUGAAUCCCUUCAUCCAAGAUCAUGCGAUUCCUCUGCAAACUUUCGUCAGACCUAUUUUCUAAAGCAUCCGUUUAUUUCCUUAAAUUGUAUUGCCACCUUGCUCCUUAUUUGAACAUCAAUGUUCUUCCCUUAUAUGGUGUCGCCUCUGUGUUUGUAGGCCUGUUUUAUUAAGUUUCAUGUCAAAAUGUAACCAAACUUGCAGCUACUUGCAAAGAGAGAUGUGAUGAUCAGAUACAGAUUAUCCAUAUAAAGUAGAGGAUGGGUUGUACAGACUGUGCUCACAGUGACACCACUGAGAAGUAUGUUUAUGGGUGUGACUGAAUGGUGCCUGCCACCCCUGAACGUGCACAUCAUUCCCGCUUCAGUAAUCAACCACUGUUUAAAUCUGUGCAGCUAUUUAUUGAAUCUAUCAAAUCAUAAGCUACCACAUAUGUUUAUUUAUCUGAUUUUAUCAAAUGCAACAGCAGUAUGUUCUUUCAACAUGUAUGCAAUGGGUUAUUUUUUGUGAUUUUAAAGAAAAUCGUUUCAAAAUGGGAGGUAAAUGGAGAUGUUGGAUGGGGCAGCCAGUUGCAUGGGACAAAUGUGCUCUGGCUCCAUCUUGUGGUUUACGAUUAUAAGGUUUAAUAUAUUGCAUUAAUGCCAAGAUUGCUUAUUACUUCCUAAGAACAACCUGAGGGUAUUAAAGAGAAAAACAUAGGUAGCUAAUUUAUAAAAUGCCACAGCACCUUUCAGAGAGCACCACAGUUAACAGCGCAUCAGAUAGUGUGAGAACACAUUAUUCAUGCAACUGAAAUGAAAUGGCUGUUAAAUACAGGGUUUAUAAAACAUC